AUGGGGCAGAAAACCAAGAAAUUUAAAACAGAUAAAAUCCCAACAACCGCUGACAUCAGAGAACUCCUGAGAAGGCCGCAAGGAGCCACGAAGCCUGUCAUGGCGCCUCUCUCUGAUGGCCUGUCUUAUUCAUCCAGCGAAACAUCCCUACCAGACAUGGAGGAGCUGACCUCCACAGCUAGAAGACCGAGAGCUGACUUAUCUGCAAAGCGGUCAGAGGGCUCACCG